ACUUUAGCGGCGACUUUCUCUCAAACCUUUCUGCCUCGCUUGGCUGAACUUUUGUCCUGACUCUAAGCCUACCUACAGGUUUUCCCAACAUUUGCAUGUGCAUUUACUGCAGUUUACAAUGUUUGCUGGAUAAACGUUGAAGGAUGGAUUUGUGCGCGUGUCCGGGACGUAUCGUGCGCGAGGACCUGCUGUAUCAGGAAGAGCUUUAAGACCCAAGGAGUCUCUCAAGCGAUUCACGAGCACAGUUUAUUCGUCCUCAUUUAAUUUAUUUUAAUGACUGAAUUACUCUAACACUAACACAAUGUCGGAUUCUAUGUCAAGUUUCUUGCACAUAGGGGACAUUCUGUCCCUCUAUGCAGAAGGUACCGUCAAUGGUUUUAUAAGUACCUUAGGGUUGGUAGAUGACCGCUGUGUUGUGGAGCCAGCAGGUGGAGACCUGGAUAACCCUCCAAAGAAGUUUAGAGACUGCUUGUUUAAGGUUUACCCAAUGAACCGCUAUUCUGCUCAGAAGCAAUACUGGACAGCAAAGCAGGCCAAACAUGAGAAAGACAAAAUCGGUGACCUUGUACUUCUUCAAAAACUACAACAUGCAUCUAAUCUGGAACAUAAGCAGAAUGAAGCAGAGAAUAAAAAGGUCCAUGGUGAUGUAGUUAAAUAUGGCAGUGUUAUUCAGCUACUACACAUGAAGAGCAAUAAGUUUUUAACAGUUAACAAGCGCCUGCCAGCUCUGCUGGAGAAAAAUGCCAUGCGAGUCACUCUGGAUUCUACAGGUAGUGAAGGAUCUUGGCUCUUCAUCCAACCUUUCUGGAAACUCAGGGCCAAUGGAGAUAAUGUGGUGGUUGGCGACAAAGUAAUUCUAAACUCAGUUAACGCUGGACAGCCUCUUCAUGCCAGCAACUAUGAGCUAUCUGACCACGCUGGAUGCAAAGAGAUCAACGCUGUAAAUGGAAACACUAGCUGGAAGAUCAACCUGUUCAUGAUGUUCAAUGACCACCGAGAUGAAGUUCUUAAAGGAGGUGAUGUUGUCCGUCUUUUCCAUGCCGAGCAAGAGAAGUUUUUGACCUGUGAUAGCUACAAGGGCAAGCUGCACGUCUUCCUUCGAACAACGCUGCGCCAGUCUGCUACAUCAGCCACAAGUUCUAAUGCAUUAUGGGAAGUAGAGGUGGUACAUCAUGACCCAUGUCGAGGAGGAGCAGGGCACUGGAACAGUCUAUACCGUUUUAAACAUCUGGCCACAGGCCAGUAUCUUGCAGCUGAGGAAAACCCAAGCUACAAGGGGGACGUGCCUGAAGUACAACCAGCGGACAACAGUCGCAACAGCAAGAGGAGCCAGGGGGAACGGAUAAAAUAUCAACUAGUUGCAGUGCCUCAUGGAAAUGACAUUGCAUCUUUAUUUGAACUGGACCCAACCACAUUGCAGAAGACUGACUCAUUUGUGCCCAGAAACUCUUAUGUACGUUUCCGACAUCUGUGUACGAACACAUGGAUCCAAAGCACUAAUGUGCCUAUAGACAUUGAUGAAGAGCGGCCCAUUCGUCUGAUGCUGGGAACAUGUGCCACUAAAGAGGACAAAGAGGCAUUUGCCAUUGUCUCUGUGCCCACCAUGGAGAUUCGAGAUCUGGACUUUGCCAAUGAUGCCAGUGCCAUGUUGUGCACAGUUGUGGAGAAAUUUACUGCUGGAUAUCUCAGUCCAAACGAUAGGAGGUAUGCCAUUAAGUUGCUGGAAGAUCUUGUGUUUUUUGUGGUGGACCAGACGAACACCGGGCAGCCUGUGCUGGAUGUGGUGAUGAUCAAAGCCAACCGUGAGAGGCAGAAGCUAAUGCGGGAGCAGCAUAUUAUCAAACAGAUUUUUGGGAUCAUUAAGACUCCGUUUAAAGAAAGAGGAGAAGAACCACCUCUGUUGAAGCUGGAGGAACUGGCAGAUCAGAAGAAUACGCCAUAUCAGUACAUGCUGCGGCUGUGCUACAGAAUCCUCCGCCACUCCCAGGAGGAUUACCGCAAAAACCAGGAGGACAUAGCCAAGCAGUUUGGGUUAAUGCAGUCUCAGAUCGGCUAUGACAUUCUGGCUGAGGACACGAUCACAGCCCUGUUGCAUAACAACCGCAAGCUUUUAGAGAAACACAUCACUAAAACUGAGGUUGAGACCUUCGUUAACUUGGUGCGCAGGAACAGAGAGCCCAGGUUUCUGGAUUACUUGUCAGACCUGUGUGUAUCAAAUUAUGUUGCCAUCCCAGUGACACAAGAGCUGAUCUGCAAAUGUGUGCUAGAUCCCAAAAACCAGGAUAUUCUGAUUAAAACAGAGCGACGUCCUGCAAAGGUGAACCAUCACACGCCUGGCUAUAUAGAAGACUAUGUCGAAGAGAUUGAGGUAUGGUUGGUUUGGACUGAUAAAUCUAAUGAGACUCAUCAGAAAAGCAUUCGGCAACUUGCACAUGAGGCGCGACAAGGAAAUACCCAUGAUCAGAGUGUGCUGACAUACUACAGAUAUCAGCUGAAGCUAUAUGCUCAGAUGUGUUCAGACCGUCAGUAUCUGGCAAUCGAUGAGAUCUCAAAGUAUCUAGAUGUGGAGCUGAUUCUGCUCUGCAUGAUGGAUGAGUCUCUUCCUUAUGACCUGCGGGCAUCUUUCUGUAGACUUAUGCUGCACGGCCAUGUAGACCGCGACCCUCAGGAGCUUGUGACGCCUGUUAAAUUUGCACGCCUCUGGAGUGAGAUCCCCACCUCCAUAAGCAUCAAGGAUUAUGAUUCCCAUAUGGACUACUCAAGAGAUAACAAGAAGAACAAGUUUGCCAACACCAUGGCUUUUAUGGAGGAGUAUCUCAACAAUGUCCUUAUUGAUGUCUUGCCUUUUGCUGAUGGAGAGAAAAAUAAAUUAACCUAUGAGGUGGUGAGUCUUGCCCGACAUCUUAUCUACUUUGGCUUCUACAGCUUCUUUGAGCUUUUACGACUGACGCGCACACUUCUGGGUAUCAUCGACUGCAUUCCCAACAAUGCUGUGGUGCCUCCUACUUUCACUGAAGAUGGCAACACUAAGAAUAUUCGGCGCUCUAUCCAUGGAAUGGGCCAAAUGGUGUCCACCAUGGUGCUUAGCAAAAAGCAGUCCAUGAUGCUUACCGGUGGCAGUAUGAUGGGUAUGGAUGGCCAGACGCGCACUAAGGACAGCAUUGACAACCAGGACAUCACAGUCAUGGACACCAAACUAAAGAUACUGGAAAUCUUACAGUUUAUCCUGAAUGUGCGCCUGGACUACAGACUGUCGUUCCUGCUCUCUGUCUUUAAAAAGGAGUUUGUGGAGGUAUAUCCCAUGGCAGAUGCAGAUGCAACAUCAGCAGUCGAGAAUGCAGCAACAAUGAACCUGCAGCUCAUAGGGGAACAGGCCGAGGCCAUGUUUGGAGUUGGCAAAGCAAACAGCAUACUAGAAGUGGAUGAUGAGGGGGGACGGAUGUUUCUGCGUGUCCUCACCCAUCUCAUGAUGCAUGAUUACCCUCCACUGGUUUCUGGGGCACUGCAACUGCUCUUCAAACAUUUCAGCCAGAGACAGGAAGUCCUUCAGACAUUUAAACAGGUCCAGCUUCUAAUCUCUGAGCAGGAUGUGGACAACUACAAGGCCAUUAAACUCGAUUUGGAACGUCUACGCACCAUAGUGGAGAAGUCUGAGCUUUGGGUUGUCAAAAAAAGCGGCUCAGACAAGAAGAAAGAUAAGAAGAAAGAUAAAAAGGAUGAUAAAAAAGAUAAGGAAGAGAAAAAAGACGGUGAAGAGAAAAAGGCCAAGGAUGAUAAAAAAGACAAAGAAGAGAAAAAAGACAAGGAGGGAAAGGUGGACAAGGAAGAAAAAAAAGACAAGGAUGGAAAAAAGGACAAAGAGGAAAAAAAAGAUAAAAAAGAUGAUAAGGCCUCCACCGAAAAUGCUGAGCCUGGUCCAUCCAAAGAAAAACUUGAAAAGAGCAAUGAAAGCUAUCAAAAUGUCAAGGAGAUCCUGGAGCGCUUAAAUAAAAUGUGUAACUCUGGGGUGUUCAAGAAGCAGCAAAGACUUCUGAAAAACAUGGGGGCCCAUAAGGUCAUGUUGGACCUGCUGCAGGUCCCUUAUGAUCGGACUGACAAAAAAAUGCAGGAGAUCAUUAAGUUCACUCACGUUUUCCUGCAAAGGUUCUGCAUUGGAAACCAAGAAAAUCAAACUCUCCUUCAUGAACACCUUAGCCUCUUUCUUACCCCUGGAGUUCUGGAAGCAGAAACAGUGCAACAUAUCUUCUGUAAUAACUACCAGCUUUGCUCAGAAGUCAGUGAGACCGUCCUACAUCACUUCAUGAAAUGCUUGGCCACUCAUGGGCGCCAUGUGCAAUACCUCAACUUCCUGCACACCAUUAUCAAGGCUGAGGGGAAGUACGUGAAGAAAUGCCAAGAUAUGAUUAUGACAGAGCUAUCAAAUUCAGGUGAUGAUGUAGUAGUCUUCUACAAUGAUACUAAGUCUUUUGACAAAAUGCUGGAGUUCAUGAUUGAGGCCAGAGAGGGGGUGCAGGAGGAAAGCCCACUGCGUUACCAUAUUUCAUUGGUGGAGCUGCUGGCUGCGUGUGCUGAGGGCAAAAACGUCUACACUGAGAUCAAAUGCACCUCACUGCUGCCCCUGGAGGACAUUAUUAGGGUCGUAACACACGAGGACUGCAUCACUGAGGUGAAAAUCGCGUAUGUAAAUUUUGUGAACCACUGCUAUGUGGAUACAGAAGUGGAAAUGAAGGAGAUCUAUACCAGCAACCACAUAUGGAACUUGUUUGACAAUUUUCUGAUAGACAUGGCUAGGAUGUGUAUUAACCGUGAGAAGCGGCUACAAGACCCAGUGCUGGAGAAGUAUGUUAUUAUGGUUGUGCUGGAUACUAUAAACGCCUUCUUCAGCUCACCUUUCUCUGAAAACAGCGCCUCUCUGCAGGCUCAUUAUGAUAUGGUGACAAAGUUGCUGCAGUCUACCAUGCGCCUAAUGGACUGUUCCUGGCUUCAGGCCCAGCAAAAGGGACUAGUAGAAAGCUGCAUUAGAACUCUGGCUGUGACUGCAAAGAUCAGAUCCAUCUGCCUGCCGGUGGAUUUAGAGGCCCUUGUUAAUGUGAUGCUGAACAACAGUUCAAUGAAUGCUCUGGCUCGUGCCACCCUCAACUAUAAGAGUAACAUGCGAUCCACACGACCCACCGGCCCCAACAACCCAUGGGACUAUAAGAACAUCAUCGAGAAGCUGCAGGAUGUCAUUAACACACUGGAGGAUCGGUUAAUGCCACUGGUUAAUGCAGAACUGUCUGUACUAGUGGACGUCCUCCACCAGCCUGAGCUGCUCUUUUUAGAGGGUUCCGAUGCUCGCAACCGCUGUGAAUCUGGAGGCUUUAUUUCCAAACUAAUUCAGCACACCAAAGUCCUGAUGAGCAAUGAUGAGAACCUCUGCAUCAAGGUCCUCAAGACUCUACAGGAGAUGCUAAUCCGCAACAUAGAUUUUGAUGAGAAGGGCAUUGCCUUGAGAAAGGUGCUGUUGCAAAAUUACCUGUUUAACAAAAAGAGCAUGAAAACUGAUCUUGCUGAACUUGGAGCUGGAGGUGGAGAAGCUGAGAAAGACUGGGCUGCUGUGGCUGCAAUACAGUGUCGUCUGGAUAGAGAAGGUGGAACAAAACUAUUUACAGACAUCAUUACAAGCACCAAAAAUGAAAGAAUCUUUCAAGAGAGCAUCGAGCUAGCCAUCUGUCUUUUAGAGGGAGGCAACACAGAAAUACAGAAUUCCUUCUACAAACUGAUGAUGGGGGAUAACAAGUCUGAGAAGUUUUUUAAGGUCCUUAAUGAUCAUAUGAGAACUGCGCAGUUGGAUGUCAAAGCCUCUACAUCAGUCAAUGUGGGUGAAAUGAGCAACAAAGCCAAAGAUGAAAAAGAUAUGGAAGCAGGGACUGGCGCAAUGUAUUCAUCCGGAGAAAUGGACCAGUAUGGCAGGAGUACCAUUGACCUGGCUCCUGCUAACCACGUUGAGCAGCAGGAGGUGGACACUGAGAUGGGCCCCUCAGUCAUAAUCAUGAAGCCUAUUCUACGCUUUCUUCAGCUUCUUUGUGAAAACCACAACCAUGAUCUACAGAGUUUCCUUCGCAAUCAGAACAACAAGACAAAUUAUAACCUGGUCUGUGAGACACUCCAGUUCUUGGACAUCAUGUGUGGGAGCACUACAGGGGGCUUGGGUCUGUUAGGUCUCUACAUCAAUGAAAACAAUGUGGAGUUGAUCACUCAGACGCUGGAGACGCUUACAGAGUAUUGUCAGGGACCAUGCCAUGAGAACCAGACUUGCAUUGUAACCCACGAGUGCAAUGGCAUUGACAUCAUCACUGCCUUGAUUUUGAAUGACAUCAGCCCUCUGUGUCGCUACCGGAUGGAGUUGGUGCUCCAGCUUAAGGACAAUGCCUCUAAGCUUUUACUGGCUCUAAUGGAGAGUCGCCAUGACAGUGAGAAUGCAGAGAGGAUUCUGAUUAACCUUCGACCUCGUGAACUGGUUGAAGUGAUAAAGAAGGCUUAUCUGCAGGAGACUGAAUGUGAAGAUUCUGAGGUGUCACCUAGAGAAGUUGGCCACAACAUUUACAUCCUGGCACUACAGUUGGGACGACACAAUAAGACACUUCUUACCCUGUUGAAACCACCAAAAAAGUCAAAAGACGAGCUUGAAGAGGGCAUCUCUUCUAUGCUCAGUCUAAACAACACCGGGUUCUCCAAUAUGCUAAAAUCAUCAGCUCCAGCAGCAGUUAAAGAGGAGGAUCCAUUGGAGUACUACGCCAGACGCACUGCUCAGAUUGAGAUUGUUCGUGAGGAUCGCAGCAUGGAGCAAAUUGUUUACCCUAUCCACCCCAUCUGUAAAUACCUGACAGAAGAGUCCAAGUUUCGCGUUUUCAACACCACAGAGCUUGAUGAGCAGGGCAGCAAGGUCACAAACUUUUUUGAGCAGACCUCCUUCCUGCAUAAUGAGAUGGAAUGGCAGAAGAAGCUACGCAGUAUGCCAGUGCUGUACUGGUUCUCUGGUCGAAUGUCAGUAUGGGGCUCCAUCUCAUUCAACCUGGCUGUCUUCAUCAACCUCAUCAUUGCCUUCUUCUACCCAUUCAACACUGGCCAAAGUUCUAUUGAUUCAUCUCUGUUGUACAUGCUUUUCUGGGCCUUUUCUGGCCUGUCAGUUUUGGGUCUGUUGUCUCAACGCUAUGGCAUCCAGCUUGUGACUGUAGCUGUCAUCCUGCGCUUUAUCUACCACUUUAGCAUUGGCCCCACUCUCUUCAUGCUCGGAACUAUCAAUCUCCUCAAUAAGAUUGUGUAUGUUGUGAGCUUUGUGGGUAAUAAUGGCACAUUCAUCAAUGGUUACAAAGCCAUGGUGAUGGAUGUAGAAUUUCUGUACCAUCUUGGCUAUGUCUUCACCUGCACACUAGGGCUUUUUGUCCAUGAGCUCUUCUACAGCCUAAUGUUGUUUGAUCUGAUCUACCGUGAGGAAACACUUUUUAAUGUCAUCAAAAGUGUGACACGCAAUGGACGCUCCAUACUCCUGACUGCAGUUUUGGCCAUCAUCCUGGUCUACCUUUUCUCCAUUGUGGGCUUCCUUUGCCUUAGAGAUGACUUCAUCAUGGAAGUGGAUCAUUUACCCUCUAUUGGUACAGAUUCUGAGGAGAGCUGCAGUGCAGAUGGAGUGGACUGCACUGAAGAGACGGGACUUGUAGCAGUACCAGAGGAAGAAGAUAACACAGAGCGAGCAUGUGACACAUUAUUAAUGUGUAUAGUCACUGUGCUGAAUCACGGCCUACGAAAUGGGGGAGGUGUAGGAGAUGUCCUACGGAAGCCCUCAAAAAAUGAGACGCUGUUUCCUGCACGUGUGGUAUACGAUCUUCUCUUCUACUUUAUUGUCAUCAUCAUUGUACUGAACUUGAUCUUCGGUGUGAUUAUUGAUACCUUCGCUGACCUGCGUAGUGAAAAGCAGAAAAAGGAGGAGAUUCUGAAGACCACCUGUUUCAUCUGUGGUCUUGAGAGGGACAAGUUCGACAAUAAAACAGUUUCUUUUGAGGAGCACAUUAAAUUAGAGCACAACAUCUGGAACUACCUUUACUUCAUUGUACUUCUGCGAGAGAAGAACAAAACUGACUAUACUGGCCCAGAGAGCUAUGUGGCCCUUUUGAUAAAGACCAAGAAUCUUGAUUGGUUCCCACGCAUGCAGGCUAUGUCUCUGGUUGUGACUGAAGGGGAAGGGGAACAAAACGAGAUGCGGGUCCUACAGGACAAACUCUCGAAUACCAUGAAAGUGGUUACACAUCUUUCUGGCCAGUUAACAGAGCUAAAAGAACAGAUGACGGAGCAGAGGAAAAGGAGGCAGCGGAUGGGCUUUGUGGACGUCCAAGCUGGCUCUAAUCCCUCAAUGCCCCCUAGUGCUGCUGGAGGAAACUACAAGGCAUAAGGUUGUGCAUUGUUACCACUACCAGCUCAUCGAAGUUGAGCUCUGAGCUGGGGAUUUUACUGACUUGAUAAUGCUUUUGAAUGUAUGCCUUAAUGCAGACAAGUUUCAUUAAAUACUAGCCCUAAAUGUGACAGAAUCUUAAAGUUGACUGUUUUUAUGCUUUUCUGGUAAAGGAAUAUAUCAAUCUUUAUGUUUGUGACAUAUUUUAAAGGGAAAAUGUAUUAUUUGUAAUAUAUUUUGGUGUAAUUUUAUUAAGUAACUUAUACAAAUCUGCUAAUUCUUCUAGUUGUAAAAAGUACCUAAUGCUGUAACAGCUGUGAAAUUUCCCUUCUGUAAUGCAUCUAUUUAACAACAUGAACAGAAGUCAUAAGAGAAAGGAGUGGUAAAGAUUACAUCAUGUAUAUAGCUAUUUACCAGUGUAUUUGAGAUUAGGGUGUGUUUCCUUUUUUCUACUUUCAUUUCUAAAGAAAUAUUGAAGCUAUUGUUAAAAGCUUUAACAAAACCAACAAAAUUAUUUACAUGAAUUUUAUUUUUACAUGGCUUGUGGUAAAAGUAGUUUGUAAACAAGAUGAAUUUAAUAAAACCAUGUGCCAACUGUG